CGCUCAGCAAUAUUAUAAUAAAAUCUAUCUAGUGCACAGUGAGUAGCGCUGGAUUUGAAUGGCCGGGCUGCUUCCUGAAGUACUGUAGUUAUCCAAAGUUGAACACGAGCUGCGGAGAGAUAAAAAUUCAGUGACACUGAAGCAAAAAGUCUCCGACUAGCCCGCACAGUGUGAACUAAACGUUCGAGCGGUCGACACAGGUGAACAAAACAGAUUUUCGCUACAUUAUCUGUAUUCGCGGCUUCGACCCUUGUUACUUUGAGUCCUGUCUAGAUACAAUACCUUCUGAGGAAGCACACGUUACCCAAACAACCUGUCGACCGGGAAGAUCUAUCAGGCGAGAUUGCUUGCGGUAAUGGCAGUGAAUUUUAUAGAGGGAAGGUUACUGGAGAUAUUAGAUAUCUAGUGAGGUAUCAAGUAUUUAAAUCGACCUAAAGUAUGGAUUUCAGUCAGUUAUGGAUUAUUGGUCGUUAACGUGUAUUUAGUGUACUUGACUGGUCGCGCGCUUCAGUGUGUAUUCAACGUUGGAGCCUCAGUAUCUGUUUAUGGGAAGUCGAUCGUGUUUUCAGAAUACGCAAAGGAGUAAAGAACGCGAGUUAUCGUUGAUUAUUUAAAAAUUGAAAAUUUAUCUGAUGCGCUAGCGGGUGGCUGUGGUCUUUCCCGGCAUUCUGUGAUCGCACUUGCAGCCGUACACCUAGCAUACUCGUAGUUUGUGUGAUAUACCGCCCGCGCUUUAUUCAGUGUUCUGUGGUCACUAAAAGCCAUUUCCCGUGUUUGAUGGCAAUUGUCGCAUUCACUUAGAUCGAAGUUCUUUUGAAUGAAUUGCGAAUCAUUUGUGUGUGCUUAAUUUUUUGAUUCGAGUCACCCAGUAAAUUGUCGUUAGUGGAACUCAAGCGUAUUGUUGCGAAUCUACUACCAUUUGAGACUACGAGACACUUUCAAUUUUCCACGACCGACAAUUGGAUCUACCAAAAAAUCACUAAUUUACGGAAUUUCUAUAAUUGCGCAAAAUAAGUGGAAAUCAAAAGAUAAUCCACUUAUAAGGAAAAACUAAUUCAACAAGUUUCCGAGAUUGGUUGAAAUAAGAUCCAACUUCGUCGGCUUGCAGUCGCUACUACACAUGAAAAGAUGCCAAUGAAGGAGUGGAUCUAUCAAUUACAACCUGUCCAACUUUACGUUGUACUUACGCUGUCAAUAUGUUAUUUCAUAUUGCAACUAUUUCUGAGCCAUAUCACACACGCAUUGACUCUGCUAAUUGACUCCUAUCAUAUGCUGUGUAACAUAAUUGCACUGGCCGGAUGCAUUAUAACAAUAAAGCUAGAACUUUACGAGCACAGCAAACGAAUACAAAAACUCCGAGAACGAAAGGAAACCAAAGUAUCCAAAGAAGAAUCACGUUUCGUAGAAGUAUGUCUCGACAGCAAAAUGAAUGUGUGUUCAGCAGGACAUUCCCGCGAAUCCAAACUAUACAACACAUUCGGGUGGACCCGAAUAGACAUCCUGACAAUGCUGAUUGUAUGCAUAUUUCUUGCAUCAUUAUCCUUUUCCCUACUCGUCGAGGCCUUACAAACCCUCGUUCAUAUCGAUCACCAGGACACAAUGCAUCUACCAGUGCCGGUCUUCAUUCUGGGAGCUGUGGGCUUAGUGCUUAAUGGGCUGUGCUAUCUUCUGAUUGGCGGUUACACAAUGCAUCAAGGAAGCUUUUUCCAUGUUACCUCAAGUGGGGAUGUAGUCCUGGACAAUAUAUCAUCUGGGGAUGAUCUGAAAACGGGUUCUACGGGACUAACGAAAAUGAAAAAUGAUAUUAGGCAUAUUCCGGAAAAUGUUACCGAGCCUCAUUUUGAAUCAGGACAACGACAAGGACUAUAUGAAAUUUUCCGAGAUGUUUGCAGUACACUUUUUGUGAUGGUUUGUGCAGCAAUAAUCUACUUUUCGGAUAAUGAACAAAUUACGAAGUUUAUUGAUCCAAUCAUAUCGAUAAUAUCGUGUUUAUUUCUGCUGUUUAUGAGUUAUCCGUACAUGAGAGAAUCCUGUCUCAUCCUUCUCCAAACAAUUCCGGCAUCAAUCGACAUUGAACAAUUUAAAACAACUUUACUGGCCAAAUUCAAGGAAAUCGUUAGCGUGCAUGAUUUACACAUAUGGCAACUAACAGCCAGCAAGUAUGUGUCCACCGUUCACAUCAUAUUCCAUGAUCCUCUAAUCUACGCACAAAUCAUCGAGGAAGUGAAAACUUUCUUCCACGAACAAGGAAUCACAAACGUUACAAUUCAACCCGAAUUCAAAGAUACCAAUUUGGCCCCAGCUGUACGGGAUUGUUACCUACCCUGCACUGAUAUCGCGUGUGCUGAGAAGCAUUGCUGCCUACGUCCCGCAAAGCCAACCCAGAUUAUAGUUCAAAAGGAUAACCAAAAGUCGCCAGAAAAGAAGAAUACUAACCAAAGCAAUGGAACCAAUUUGGAGAAAUCCAAAUCGGCUAUGGAUAUUAAUUCGGAAAAAAUGCCUAAACCAAUAGGCAUCAAUGGCACGCAUAAUACGACUAGUGAUCCACAGCUUUCUAAAACCAAUGAAGAUCUUACUACAGAUACGAACCUGAAUAAUGAGACGAAGACUGAAGUUGAAAACGAAAAAAAAGACUCUAAGUAGUUUCAAGAUUCAAAUUCCUAUUCUUGCGAUUAAGUAGGAAUAUAGAGAUACGUGACCCGCGUCUUUGUUUUAAUUUGUUUGUAAAUUUACUACAAAUUUUUGAUAACAAUAAUUUUCAUUCAAAUAUGUAAACACAUGUAAUCUCUUGCCAUAUUGUAUGUAUGUACGAGUAUGUUGAAUUUAACGUUCAUAAGUGAUGUGCAUCCAACCAAAUGAAUUUAGUAAAUAGAUUUAGUCUAACGUUCAUUGUGAUAAAAUGAAUAGAAAUAAAGUAUAGAG